AUGAAGAUGGUGGAAGGUGAUCGAGCGACUGAAGACGAUGGGCUAAGAGAAGGAAGACCGACCCAAGAGGAAAUGAACGUGAGCCAUGGAUCGGUUCACCCAGUUGAAGAUGUACCCACCACAGACGGCGCCGUUCCCCACCCGCUCCGGGUCCGAAUGAAGGACCUUCCGGGCAUGCCCGGCACCCACGGCGGUCUUGCCUUGCGCCUCUCCCAGCUCCUCUUCUCUGCCGCCGAUCUUGGUCUGAAGUAUCUUCAUGACCGAAGAGUGAUUCACAGAGACAUCAAAUGCGCAAAUAUUUUGGUGCAUGCAAAUGGUUCUGUGAAGCUCGCAGAUUUUGGAUUGGCAAAGACUAUCCAGAUGAACAACAUCAAAUCUAGCCAGGGGACUGCAUACUGGAUGGCCCCUGAGGUUGUUAAUCGGAAACACCAGGGAUAUGGGCUUCUAGCGGAUAUAUGGAGCCUUGGAUGCACUGUAUUGGAGAUGUUAACCAGACGGUUUCCAUACCCUAAUCUUGAAUGGAUACAGGCAUUAUUUAACAGACAAAAGAAAAGCGACUUUGACAGACAGAGGCAACUUUGA